AUGGGGCUCUCCAACGCAGCCAUCAUUGUCAUUGUGCUCGUCGCCUGUCUCGCAGCAACCGCACUGGGAGCAUCGCUUUUUAAGCACUACAAACCCGCCGAUGGAGAGACCCCGUUCAGUCCGGGCUACGAUCAGAAGGUCUACAUGGCUGAGGUGCGAGCCCGAGGGUUUGAUAAUCUGAGACAGAUAUCCUGGGGUGGAAGAGAUCUGGAGUCGCGUUAUCCUCCAGCGGGGCCGGGCAACUAUCGCCCCGCCACUUACACCGAAGACACCAAAGACACAGGGAGCUCGUAA